UACUGGAUCUGUUGGGAUACAUGAAUCUUAUACUUCACCGGCUCUGCAGGUUGGCUUUGGUGGAGCUACCAAUACUUCCGGGAGGCGUUGAUUAAAAAUGAAAAGGGAAAGAGGGAGAAGGGAUGUCACACAGUGCAGUUGCUGCUGAACAGUGACAGAACCGGGUGGAUUGUAUUUUUUUUAUUUGUUUCCUGUCUGGAAAAUGUGGAAAUAUAAUUGAUAAUAUCUAAGCUGCAUUGCACAACCUGGCCUGCUCUGGAGGUGACCCUUAUUACCCAGCCGUGUUCAUCUACAGGAAUUCACAGGUUGUACACAUGAGUGUGCGCCUUCGUCCGAAUGUUCGUGGAUAAAUUUGUGAAAGCUUCACUGCAACACUAGAUCCAGUCAGGCUGUUGUCCUUGUGCGAGGUUCCUUUAUUAAAUGCUGUUUUCCACCAUUUCCAUAUGAUCGAGGAGCAAAAGACACGCAAUGUUUUUGUUGUUGCUGUAUCCAUUGUCUAUUUGCAUGUAGUGUGUAGACUAGUGUGUGAUUUACAGUAACGUAACAUUUGUUUGUUUUUAGCCCGUAUUAGUUUAUAGGCAGCAGAAGCCUUUGUUGUUGUAUUUAAUUAGGACAGAGCCAGUUGCUGCAUUGGGCACCUUGGCUGAGGCAGGAGGGUACUGCGUGCAAAACCCGGAAUGUAAUUUUGUGUCUAGGUAUAAGGAGAGGAGCUAUUUUGAAAUCAUAGACUGCUCCAGCACUGUGAUGAUGCAGCGGGAUUGAUUCAGCAGAAAAAUAAAUUAUUGUGUUAACAGAUAACCUGUGAGUGUUGUAGAUAGGCAAGAUUGCUUAAAGGUUAAAUUGAGAAUAGCGCAGUAGAACAAAUUGUAGUGUCCUAGAGGGCUGAUUAUAGAUAUUCAAUUGCUCUUAUGCAGUGACAGACCUGAUUGCAGAUAGUGCACAAUAGGUUGCUCAGAAAGCACCCUCUUGUGAUAAAGCGGGUAGUGGCCACAAUAGGUUGCUCAUAAAGUGGACUAUUAUAAAGCAGGUAGUGCUCUCAUAGGUUGCUCAGAAAGCAGACUUUGGUGAUUUGGCUCCAUAUAGCAACACAGCGGGUUGUAUACCUAUUGUCUACUCUUUCUCUGAUGUUUGGGUUCUGACAAUCAAGCCUUUUUUUCUGCCCCAGUAAGGAGGCUCUCCCAGUAUGUCCAUAGAUUUAAGUCGUGAGACCGGCUCGUCCUGGAGAAGGCAGCCAGAGAAUGAAGAGAAUGGCUCUGUGUUACCAGCCUCUGGUUCCACUGCCUCCCCUUCAGAAGACACUGGUCCACUCUCCACCUCACCAGCACACAUACCAGAACCUAAUUCCAGAUGUAACCCACUGCUACUGGACUAUGAUGGUUCAGUCAUGCCUUUCCUUGGUGGGCUUGGGAGCUUUCAGAGGAGGCUGGUGCUACUUACCUGGAUCCCUUCACUGAUCAUUGGAUUCAGCCAGUUCUCUGACUUUUUCCUUUUGGAACAGCCUAUAAAGUUUUGCAAAGUAAAUGUAAGUCUGCAUGACCAUGCCCGGGUUGGGGUGACACAGGAUGGCAACAACAGUGUGGGGACCCCAGGGGUAAUGCAGUCUCUCCCCCCUCCACAGUUGCCCACUACCACUGCACCCAGUGCUGGAGCCCUACCGCACCUUAAUGACAGCUGCCUGUGCCAUGAGUGGACAUACACCAUCCAAGCCGGACUUGUGCAGAAUGUGGUCAGUAAGUGGGAUCUUGUCUGCGAAUCCUCUUGGAAAGUGCAUAUUGCCAAGUUUUCUCUUGUUGUUGGAUUAAUCUUUGGAUACUUGAUAACUGGAUGUAUUGCUGACUGGAUUGGUCGUCGUCUUGUGCUGCUGUUUUCUACGGUUUUCAAUUUGAUUUUUGGUCUCUCUGUGGCACUGUCUGUGAAUGUGACGAUGUUCAGCACACUCAGGUUCUUUGAAGGUUUCUGUUUGGCUGGGAUAUAUCUGUCCUUGUUUGCUUUGCGAAUAGAACUUUGCCCUCCAGACCACAGGUUCAUGAUAACAAUGGUGGCAAACUUUAUUGUGAUGGGUGGGCAGUUCCUUCUGCCUGGUUUAGCGGCUCUCUGCAGAGACUGGCAGAUCUUGCAAGCGGUCAUUAUUUGUCCUUUCAUCCUAAUGCUGUCCUAUUUGUAUAUUUUUCCAGAAUCUUUAAGGUGGCUUAUGGCCACACAACAGUUUGAAGCUUCUAAGAAGCAAAUACUUAACAUUUUUCACAAGAACAAAAUCAAUUCUGAGAAUGAUAUCAAAGGAAUAAUGCCCGAAUUGGAGAGGGAGCUCAGUCGAAGGCCUAAGAAAGUCUGCAUUGUAAAGGUGGUGGGAACCAGGAACCUAUGGAAGAAUAUCUUGGUUCUUUGUGUAAACUCGCUCACUGGGUACGGAAUCCACCAUUGUUUUGCCAAAAGUCUGAUGGACCCAGAAGUAAACAUGAAAAUCAUGCACAACUUCUACGUGAACUACUUCACUAUGGCUGGGAUUACUCUGGCUUCCUGCCUAGCUAUGUGCCCUGUGGUGGGGUUUAUGGGCCGUAGAGGUGGACUCCUGCUCUUCAUGAUCCUCACAGCUCUGGCAUCACUACUUCAGCUUGGUCUUCUGAACUUGAUUGGAAAAUAUACUCAACAUCCAGAAAUAGGCAUGAGUGAUACUGUGAAAAACAAGUUCUCCAUCGUUUUCUCCAUCAUUGGAAUGUUUGCAUCUCAUGCUGUGGGAAGCCUAAGUGUUUUCUUCUGCGCUGAAAUCACACCCACCGUUAUCAGGGGUGGUGGUUUGGGACUAGUAUUGGCCAGCGCAGGCUUUGGAAUGUUGACUGCACCCAUCAUGGAACUUCACAACCAAAAGGGAUACUUUUUACACCAUGUUAUCUUUGCCUGCUGCACACUCAUUUGUAUCAUCUGCAUCCUCCUGCUGCCAGAAAGCAAGAACCAAAACUUGCCCGAGAACAUCCCAGAUGGAGAGCACUAUACCCGGCAGCCCCUCCUGCCCCACAAAAGAGGGGAGCAACCACUCUUGUUAACAAACUCAGAACUUAAGGACUACUCUGGCCUCCAUGACUCUUUAGCCAUAGGAGAUGGGAUUUCUGAAAACACCACUGUCAAUGGUAUCAAGUCUGCAUAACCAAGCUGCAUCCAUGGUAGAACAUCUCUUAUAUUUAUUAUUUGUUUCCCAAUUUGCACAGGUCUUACAGACCAACCAAUGGACUGUCUGAUACAGGGGACGCCUCCCAUAAAACUGCUGCUAAGCCCCUUCAACUUUCGGAAACACUUGUGGGAAGUACAAUUUCUAACAGCACUCCAGAAUAAUAAAAACAACAUUGAUGUUGAUGAUUUUCUUCAUUAAUUAAAAUGAGCCACUAUUAUAAAUAUUUAAAACGAAAAUGAAAGGGCCAUAUAUAGAAUUACAAUCUUUUUGACGAUACCUCCAUCAGAAUAUUCAUGUAUUAAAUGACGUACACAUUAAAUUGAUGAUACUGAAUUAACCCCCAGAUACCAACCAAGUACUUUAAUACAGUGCAAUGCAUGGACAUCUGGUGACAAAACGUUUCACGUGAAGAAAGGUUUAGCUACAGCCUUAGACCAGUACAUUUCAUUUAAAAUAUUUUGUCUACAUAAAGGAGGAAUUGUCACUGCUAUACGGAGAAACUCAUCACUGCCCACAGUUGCAGCACUUUUCUUGCACAGCAAGUGUGAAGAGAAAUUGAUUGGUGAAUGCCUACGUGAAUGUGAAAGGAAAAAAUGUGAUACAAUACUUUAGAAGAGGAGCUAAUGGACUCCUUAGGUUCAAACCAAGAUCUUUUUUUUUUUCUAGGUUACUUGAGCAAUACAAACCAAUUGGGGAAUUAAAUUAAUAUCACUACCUUCUCAUAAGCUGACAUAAAUCCAUGUGAAAUGCAGCUUUUUUUUUUAGCAAGCGUACCUAAUGGUUGUCCCUCAGAUUUCGCAUCCGGAAAUGAAGACACUUGUUAUAGGCCUAUAGAAGUAUGCAGAAUACAUGUGCCAAAUCCUGUUCAGUCAUCUCCUUCUAUGAAGUUUUGAUGCUUCAAGUUUUAUUUUCCUACAAACAUAGGGAUAUUGAUGAUGCACAAGAGGUAAAUCCUUGGCAAUCCUUAAAAACCAUGUUCCUAAGCAUUCUACUUGCCGGUAGCUCUUUAUAAUACACAAAAGUCUAUCCAUAGACUUUUAAGUGGCAAUUCAAUAUACUUCAGACAUUUUUUUUCAAUUAAUUUAUUAUGGAUAAUAUUUCUAUUGAUUAAGACACCUUAUUUUUUUAACGUCAUUAUUAUGUUGCAUAAAUAUUGCUUUGUCUCUUUAAAAUCAUACAAAAUGACAAAUCAUUUUAGAAGUAUCUUAAUAAAUUAACUAUUUAAACCGUAUAAUUUUUUUCUUAUAAUGACUAUAAUCUAAAAUCAACUUUAUCUCUUGAUAAAGUCUAGCGGCAGUUAAACAUUAAUCUGGGUGUCAGUUAAUAGUUAAGAAUAUUUUUUUUGUUAAGCACAGAAGAAAUAGCAAAUUUCUGAGUAAACUAUAGCAGGAAAAUCUCAAAUGUAGGAACGCAAAAAAAAUAAUUAUAUAUAUCGGGUUUAAUCUGUUGUAUUCAUCCAAACUUUGGCUCUGAUGAAGAGAUAUGUAUUUCACUGUAAUUGUAGAUUAUGUCAAAAACCAUUCUGUGUGCAUCAAAUAGAAGUAGCAUCCUUCCUCGUGCAGGAAGUACUUUAGUAAUAUGGAAUAAAAUAAUAAACCUGGGCCACAAAGGCCUACAUUUCAUACAUCACAUCUUGUAGAUGGGCUUGACAAACUGCUCAUACCACACGACAUGCAACCGAACUUAAUUGUGAGCUGUUACAUUAGUGCUUUUUUUUUCUUUGUUUAAAAAUAUAAACAUAAUGUGAAUAUUGCUAUCUAGACUUUUUUGAACGCUUCACAAAUGAUACGGUUAAGCAAAGAAGUACGUAAAAACCAAAUUCACCUAGGGCUGGUUUUGUGUAUCAGAUGGAGUAAUGUUUGGCAUUAUACAGGUGAAAAUUAAAUGUUAGUGGUUAAUAAUUGUUGUUCUGUGUUGUAGAGCCAAAACACCUAUUCAUCAAAUUGGAAGUGCCAUUAAAUUAACUCUUGAGUGUUAAUCACUUCUCUGUCAGAGGAAUUCAUAGUACACAGCUUGGGGAUACUCUCUGGAACAGUUGGGGAUAAAAUGCACCUUACUGAAAUAAUGUUCAGAAUCAAAGUAUGAAGUUUUGGUAGAGAGAGAACCCACUUUAGCCACUGUUUAUACCACAAGACCUCUUUUUUUUGUUUCUGCUGAUAAAAAUGGUAGCAUUUAGCAUAUGUUUUGUGAUUAUACUGAAAUAAUCUUUUUUUUUAUUAUUAAUUGUACUGAAAAUUAAUCAUUACUACUACUGAUAUCAAGGCCUUUGUAUUAACUUUCAAAGUCACAACUCUUAGAUCUCCCAGUCUUCAAUCUGUCCAGCCAAAUUAUAUUUUAGCUUAAACUGUAAUACAAAAAUAUAAGCGAAUAUGAACACUGGAAUAUUAAAAAAUACUAAUAAGGAAAUAUGAUUAAUGGUAUGUUUUAUGAAAAUCAUAACAAAAAAUGAAAAUAUGUGGUUGUAACCCAAAUUCAUUACUUAAUAAGCAUUAAUAUUUUCAUGGUGUGCUAGAAUAUAAACUGGAAGUUCAUGAUUUUGGGUAUAAUUAAAUGGAUUGUGGGCUUCUACAUGCUAAGCAACUUCUUCCCUGUCAAAGAGAAUUUGUGGAGAUUUGUCUUUUUAUGUUCUCUGUACAACAGCAAAAUGAAAAGAGAUUUUUUUUUUUCUUUGUCUUUUAUUUUUAUAUUUGGUGGUUUUUACCUGCCAAAGUUUUAGUACAUAAUUGUUUUAUUGGUGCUCAUCCAUAGCACAAGCUUAAAUCAAGUACUGAAACUGUCUUACAAGCUAAAUGUGUGCAUGUCACCUGGUAUCUGCGCAAAACUCUUUGUACUGUAUGUGUACAGAAAUAAAAACAAAAAAAUCAGCGCUGAA